CGUUGACAUUUUGUCGUUUUCGGUAGAGAGCGUAAAAUUAGCUUAUUUUUAUGUUAUAAUUGCAAUUAAUUAACGCGCUCACUGUGACUACGUGUAAUUAGAUAGUGAUAUGUGUAGAGAGUAGACAUUGUGCUAUUUAUUUGUGUAAGAUUAUUGUAUGUGCUAACACUAUGGCAUUUACUGCGGAGGAAGUCGCGAGACGCUAUCCGAUCCACUGGCUAGUGUGGAAUAAUCAUCACGAAGAGCUGAAAGCUCAUCUGGAUAACAACAAGUUUACACAAGAAGAACUAGAAACCAAAGAUUGUAGAGGUCGCACUCCUCUGUUGUUGGCGGUGACGCUCGGUCACUUGGAGACUACGCGCGUGCUCAUUGAGGCCGGUGCUGAUGUCAACUGCGAGAAAGAUGGCUGGACUGCGGUACAAGAGGCCACCUCCACGGGUAACCCGGAGCUCCUCUCUAUGGUGCUAUCCCGGCGAGACUACCAGCGCCACGUGCUGCGCUCCGGCGGUAUACCGGACCUACUGCGCCGGCUCAGUCUCGCGCCAGACUUCUAUGUCGAAAUGAAGUGGGAGUUUACUAGUUGGGUGCCUCUAGUAUCGCGCAUGUGUCCGUUCGACACGUACAAAGUGUACAAGCGCGGUGGGAAUGUUCGGGUCGACACUACACUCGUCGGGUUCGACAACAAUCGCUGGCAGAGAGGAGACAGAACGUAUAUCUUUCGAGGACAGGGUCGUACAGCAAGUCUAAUGGAAUUAGACCAUGAACUGGGAACGUCAUGGUGUGAGUACUUGGAACCGAUGUCUGGAGAAAGAGAGUGGCCAGCGCCGCCCCCGCAUGUCAUAGAACAACGCCUGGCCGCGCCGCUAGCUAUCAACUACUUGGAUACUGACAAAAUUAGUUUUGAAAGAAAUAAGAGCGGCAUAUGGGGUUGGAGACAGGACAAGACAGAGAACGUGAAUGGCUACGAGUGCAAAGUGUUCGGUGCGAACAACGUGGAGCUAGUGUCGAAGACUCGCACGGAGCACGUGCGGGGCGCCCCCCCCGCCCCGCGCGCGCCGCUGGCGGGGCUCCUGGCACUCGCUGACCCUGACGCACAUUCACCUUUGUUACCAGAAAAGCCGCUCCUACAAGACGAGUCUCCGAGUCCCCGCAGUAGUCGGUCCCGCGAGGACCUGUCGUACAUCCCGGUGACCUGGCAGGAAUACUUCUCAGACCUGGAGCUCGAUAGAGACAUCGGCAGGCCGAGGGAAGUUGCUACUAAGGUGCAGAAGUUCAAAGCUACGCUGUGGCUCUGUGAGGAUUACCCUUUAGAGUUACAAGAACAAAUAAUGCCGAUCCUCGACCUAAUGGCCGCGAUAUCGUCACCACACUUCGCCAAGCUAAAAGAUUUCGUCCAAAUGCAGUUACCAGCCGGAUUCCCUGUCAAAAUUGAAAUACCUCUCUUCCAUGUGCUGAACGCGCGCAUAACAUUCGGCAACAUAUUCGCUACGGAGACUCCCGUCCCUUUCAUAGAGUGUAUACAAGAAGGAGACAGACUGUCGUGUCUAGUGGACGACCAGUGCUUCUCCAUCGGUCGCGGGUACAGAGACUCCGCCGCGCCCGACGAGAGACUCGCCUGCGGAGUCGACGACGAGGAGGGCUUGCUGCAGUAUGCUAUACAACAGAGCUUGAUGGAGACUGGGACGCAGGACGAUCAGGUGGACGUAUGGGAGGCGCUGCGCGGCGCGCGGCCCGCGUCGCCCGCUAUGGCCGCGCCGGCCGCGCCGCGCAUGCGCACGCACGACACGCAUCUACUCGCGCACGAGGAGCGCCAGCUACAGAGAGCGAUAGAAGCGUCCCUAGCAUCGGUGUCAUUGACCCCGAGCUCUCCCGAAGCCCCCAUAGUAGAAGAUGAACUGGACCUCGACACCGACGGCGACGCGGAACUUGCAGCCGCUUUAGCGCUGUCUGCGAGAGAACAAGCUUCCAGAGAUAUGCAGCUUGCAGCGGAACAGAGGGCCUUCGAUGAAGCGCUGCGAUUGUCGCUGCUUGAUAAGUAAUUGUUUAGAUCUCAAUUCAACAACAGUAUGUAUGAAGCGUCCAACCAAAAUAAGACUUACGCCUAACGUACUUGUAGUAAGUAGAUACAAUUUAUACUUCACAGUCGAGUCUUUGUGUCAAUUCCAAAUUGUUUCUAAAGUACACACGAUAAUAACCUUUAUUAUAAAGAGUAUAGAACUCAAUAUACAUCGUUUUUUUAAAGGUAAUAAAAGAGCUUUUUGUUUGAAAGAGCAAUUUGGAUUUACACGAACUUUGACUCAUUAGAUUUUUGACUGUAGAAUAUUUAUUCGUCGUUAUGUAAUUAUUAUAAUUAUAAUAAUUAAUAUUGUACAUUUAUUAUGUUGUGUAUGUAUACAAAAUACACUAAGUACGGUCACAAGCUAAGUAUAGUCGACAAAGUUGAUUGGUGACUACUGUGUAUCGAUGAAGUUAUUUAAUUGUGUGUGGUUGUAUCUUGUAUGAGUAAUGAGUUUGGAUAUUAUACACUAGCUACUUCCGCGUGGUUUCACACGCUCUGCUCAGCUCCUAUUGGUCGUAGCGUGAUGUUUUAUAGCCU